AUGUUCCAACUGAUAGCCAGAGGUUCAGUGCUGCUUCACCUGAUCGACAUCCCGGUUGAGCACGCUACGGGGUACCAUGUGUGGUUGGGACAUGUCACCAACUCACCAUACUCAUCUUCACUCUCCAUGGCCUCUUUUAUGUCGUCGGAUGGGCUAUUCAGGGCAAGCUUUUGGAGGAGGAGGUGGAACUUUGAGUUGUUUCUCUACACCCAUCAGUUGUACAUUGUGUUUGUGAUCUUCCUCGCGUUCCACGUUGCGAUUUCAUCUUCAGCAUUGCUGCUGGUGGGAUAUUUCUCUUCAUGCUGGAUCGAUUCUUGA